GUUCUUGCUGCCCUGGCAUAUGCUGCAACUACUCAAAAACGUCUUCACUGUUAUGUGACAACAUGUGCACCUAGUGGAUUGGGAGCGAAAAUGACAAAAGCCUUAGCUAGAUUGAAAAUUUCAUGUACCCUUGUGCCGGAUACUUCUCUUGCUUAUUUAAUGCCACAAGUCGACUUUGUUGUUCUUGGAGCUGAAGCUGUUGUAGAGAGUGGUGGGAUAUUGAAUAUGCUUGGCUCUUCUCUCAUUUCAAUGACAGCCGCUUCAUUCGGCAGACCAGUUUAUGUGCUUGCUGAAUCAUUUAAAUUUAUCCGAUGUUAUCCCCUGGAUCAACGGCAUAUACCAGAUGAAUUCAAGUGGUCGUGUGAUAGUGAAUAUAAAUCGUCAUCAUCAUCACCACCAUCGCCUAUGUCUAAUUUAAGAGAUGAAAGUGUUUUCCGUCCAACUGAUAGUGAUAAAGAAGAGUGUGAUUUUCCAGAGAUGAAAACAGCAUGGGCUGCUGUUGAAGCUCAGCGAGUUUCUAUCAUUGAACAGAAAAUGCCUCGUGUUGACUACACAAGUCCAUGUUAUAUCACCUACUUGAUCACGGAUCUUGGUGUUUUAACACCUUCAGCUGUCAGUGAUGAAUUAAUUAAAUUGUACUUGUGAUAUAAUGUAAAAUAUAAUAUGAUUCAUACA